AGUGCUGCUUCAGAAAAGAAGAGUUAAAAACUUCCAGACGAGCCUCGUUCGCAUUUACGAGAAAACCGUUUUUAUAUUAGUUUUUUUCUUUUCUUUUACACAUAAAAGUUCUAAAUAGAGUAACACCUGACUGUUUCAGCAUGUAACGCUACUUUUAAGCGGGUCCAAGCGGAGUUUCGCCUCGCUGGAGAGAAGAUUGACCAAAGACAGUAGGUUUUUUUCCUGGUCAUCUGAUCGUUCAGCGGAAAGAGGACAAACAAUGGCAGAAAACGACAACAGUUGCUGAAUGAGCAUCAAACCAGAGGACCUGCAGGUGUAAGAGGCAGUUACCGCAGUGGUCAUGGCAGCGUUUACCAUAGAUGAUGCCUUUACGUUGGAGGGCGAUGAGGAAGGAACUGCGUCUGACGGAGGGACGGAGGGAUGGAAGUCCAGGGAAAAGGAUCGAGAAGGAGAGAUGACAUUUGGACCUCUGACCUUCUCCAAACCUCAGACUCACUCCCUCCCUGCAGUCGCCGGCUCCUCGGACCACAGCAACCUAAAAUAUCAGAACCUGGAAAAUGAAGAUGCCCUGGGCAACAACAGUAACUACUCUUUCAAUAACUUCUUCAAAAUCAGUGACCCGGCGACCCUGUCUUACUGCAGCUCUCAGUGGUCCUUCAGCACGCUGAGUUCGGUCACGCAGCUCUCUGCACACUGCUGUGGGUGGGUGUCCCAUCCGCUGGUGAAGAAAAACAGAAGAGUUGUUCUCGCUUCAUUCCUCCUUCUCAUCACUGGAAUUGCUCUUAUUUUCACAGGCAUCGUCAUUCAGCUGAAUCCAAAUGCAGGUGUUUCCAGUGCUAUUUUCUUUGUACCGGGCUUUCUUCUUUUCAUCCCUGGAGUUUACCAUGUAAUCUAUAUCAGCUGUGCUGUCCGCGGGAGGAGAGGCUUCAAGUUGUUCUACCUGCCUUAUUUUGAAAAAUAAGAUUUUAUAAAACACUAUUUUCACUCCAUUUUUGUGUUUACUACAUUAAAAUGAAUUUUAUUUUGUUACUGUAGCAAAAUAUGUCACAUGAUAUUUUUUCUUGUCAUUGUAAUGACCACUACUAGCUGAACCACUCUGUGUCUCGACUUUUUCCACUAGAUGGCAUAACAUGUAUGCAGCAAAAGGAGAUUGGUCCUGCCUGUGGUUUCUGUGAUGUGUGAAUAAUGAAAUUGCAAUUAAAAUGUUUCUGUAUUUAAA